CUCCUCCCCCGGGAGCGGCGGCGGCGGCGGCGGCCGGGCCGGGGCCCCAGCGCGGGCCGGGCGGGGACACGGCGGAGGCCGGCGCGGGAGGAGGCCGCGCUCCGCUCCCGGGGCCGCGCCGACCAGCUCAGCGGCUGGCCCGCCCGCGCCCAGGGGCCCCGAGCAGUGGAGCUGGGCCGGCAGCUGAGGCCUAUUUUCUUGGUUCCCAGGUGCCAUGAGGAAGCCACGCAGGAAGUUGAGGCAGAAUGCCGAGGGCCGGCGCUCCCCAUCCCCCUACAGUCUCAAGUGCUCACCCACCCGGGAGACCCUGACAUAUGCCCAGGCUCAACGGAUUGUGGAGGUGGACAUUGAUGGACGCCUCCAUCGUAUCAGUAUCUAUGACCCACUCAAGAUCAUCACAGAGGAUGAGUUGACUGCCCAGGAUAUCACUGAAUGCAACAGUAACAAAGAAAACAGUGAGCAGCCCCAGUUCCCUGGCAAGUCCAAGAAACCAUCAUCCAAGGGCAAGAAGAGGGAGUCCAGCUCCAAGCAUGCAUCUGGCAACUCCUUCCACCUCCCGCAGCCCAGCUUCCGCAUGGUUGACUCAGGCAGCCCUCCAGAAGCACCCCCGCUGCCUGCCGCCUACUAUCGCUACAUUGAGAAGCCACCUGAAGACCUGGAUGCAGAAGUAGAGUAUGACAUGGAUGAGGAGGACCUUGCCUGGCUGGACAUGGUGAACGAGAAGCGGCGAGUAGAUGGGCACAGUUUGGUGUCGGCAGAUACCUUCGAGUUGCUGGUGGACCGGCUUGAGAAGGAGUCAUACCUGGAAAGUCGCAGCAGUGGGGCCCAGCAGUCACUCAUUGAUGAAGACGCCUUCUGCUGUGUGUGCCUGGACGAUGAGUGCCACAAUAGCAACGUCAUUCUCUUCUGUGACAUCUGCAACCUGGCCGUACACCAGGAGUGCUAUGGCGUCCCCUACAUACCCGAGGGCCAGUGGCUAUGCCGCUGCUGCCUGCAGACUCCCUCCCGGCCUGUGGAUUGUGUCCUCUGCCCCAACAAGGGUGGUGCCUUUAAACAGACCAGUGAUGGGCACUGGGCCCACGUGGUGUGCGCCAUCUGGAUCCCCGAAGUCUGCUUCGCUAACACUGUGUUCCUGGAACCCAUCGAAGGCAUCAACAAUAUCCCGCCUGCUCGCUGGAAACUAACCUGCUAUAUCUGCAAGCAGAAGGGGCUGGGUGCAGCCAUCCAGUGCCAUAAGGUAAACUGCUACACAGCCUUCCAUGUGACAUGUGCACAGCGAGCUGGGCUCUUCAUGAAGAUUGAGCCUAUGCGUGAGACCAGCCUCAAUGGCACCAUUUUCACAGUACGCAAGACCGCCUACUGUGGGGCCCACUCGCCGCCAGGUGCCACCACUGCCAGGAGGAAGGGUGAUUCCCCUGGAGGCCUCAGUGAGGCUGGAGAUGAGGAAGAGCUGAAAGAGGGAGGUGGGGAAGAGGAAGAAGAAGAAGUGGAGGAAGAAGAAGAGGAAGGCCAAGGUGGAGUGGGUGGCCCCCUCAAGGUAUUGCCUAAGAAGAGCAAGAUGAGUUUAAAGCAAAAGAUCAAGAAGGAGCCAGAGGAAGCGGGUCGGGACACACCUUCCACUGUCCCCAUGGUCACUGUCCCACAGAUCCCCUCUUACAGGUUGAACAAGAUCUGUAGUGGUCUCUCCUUUCAGAGGAAAACCCAGUUCAUGCAGCGGCUUCACAACUACUGGCUAUUAAAGCGGCAGGCACGGAACGGUGUUCCCCUAAUCCGGCGCCUGCACUCCCAUCUGCAGUCUCAAAGAAAUGCUGAGCAGCAAGAGCAGGACGAGAAGACAAGUGCAGUGAAGGAAGAAUUGAAAUAUUGGCAGAAGCUCCGACAUGACUUAGAGCGAGCUCGACUGCUGAUUGAGCUAAUUCGGAAAAGAGAGAAGCUCAAGCGGGAGCAGAUUAAGGUCCAGCAGGCUGCUAUGGAGCUGGAGCUGAUGCCAUUCAAUGUUCUGUUGAGGACAACACUGGACCUGCUGCAGGAGAAGGAUCCUGCACACAUCUUUGCUGAACCCGUCAGCCUGAGUGAGGUUCCAGAUUACCUGGAAUUCAUAUCCAAGCCAAUGGAUUUUUCUACUAUGAGGCGGAAGCUGGAGUCUCAUCUGUACCGCACCUUGGAGGAAUUUGAGGAGGACUUUAACCUUAUAGUUACCAACUGCAUGAAGUAUAAUGCUAAAGACACAAUUUUCCACCGAGCAGCUGUCCGUCUACGGGACCUAGGAGGGGCCAUCCUGCGGCAUGCCCGGCGGCAGGCAGAGAACAUCGGCUAUGACCCCGAGAGGGGCACCCACUUGCCUGAGUCACCCAAACUGGAGGACUUUUAUCGCUUCUCCUGGGAAGACGUGGACAACAUCCUCAUCCCAGAGAACCGGGCCCAUUUGUCCCCAGAGGUGCAGCUGAAGGAACUGCUGGAGAAACUGGACCUGGUGAGUGCCAUGCGGUCCAGCGGGGCCCGGACUCGCCGUGUCCGGCUACUGCGCCGGGAGAUUAAUGGCCUUCGGCAGAAGCUGGCACAGCCACCACCACCACCACCACCACCACCACUAUUGAACAAGACUGUGUCCAAUGGGGAGCUGCCAGCAGGGCCCCAGGGGGAUGCGGCUGUGCUGGAGCAGGCCCUGCAGGAGCCAGAAGAUGAUGGGGACAGAGAUGACUCCAAACUUCCUGCCCCACCAACCCUGGAGCCCACUGGGCCUGCACCUUCCUUGUCUGAACAGGAAUCUCCUCCGGACCCCCCUACUCUGAAACCCAUCAAUGAUAGCAAAUCUCCAUGCCGAUUCCUAAAAUCCAGAAAGGUUGAAGAAGAUGAGCUCUUGGAAAAAUCACCACUGCAGCUAGGGAGUGAGCCUUUGCAACGCCUGCUCAAUGACAAUGGCCUCAACAGACUGUCCCUCAUGGGCCCCGACGCCCCUGCUGGUGCCCCACUCAGUGGCGUGGGGCGCCGCACAUCAGUCCUCUUCAAGAAGGCCAAGAAUGGGGUCAAGCUGCAGAGGAGCCCAGACAGAGCCCUGGAGAAUGGAGAGGACCAUGGUGUGGCAGGCUCUCCCGCCUCUCCUGCCGGCAUUGAGGAUGAGCAGCACUCCCGGAAGCGGCCACGGAGCAGGAGCUGUAGUGAGAGUGAAGGGGACAGGUCCCCCCAGCAGGAAGAAGAGACAGGCGUGACCAACGGCUUUGGAAAACACACCGAAAGUGGGUCUGACUCAGAAUGUAGUUUGGGUCUCAGCGGUGGACUGGCAUUUGAAGCCUGCAGUAGUCUGAUGCCCCCAAAACGCAGCCGUGGGAAGCCAGCCCUGUCUCGAGUGCCCUUCCUGGAAGGUGUGAAUGGAGACUCUGACUACAACAAUUCAGGCAGAAGCCUCCUGAUGCCCUUUGAAGACCGCGGAGACCUGGAGCCCCUGGAGCUGGUGUGGGCCAAGUGUCGAGGCUACCCCUCUUACCCCGCCUUGAUCAUCGAUCCCAAGAUGCCCCGGGAAGGCCUCCUGCACAAUGGCGUCCCCAUCCCUGUGCCGCCACUGGAUGUGCUGAAGCUGGGAGAACAGAAACAGGCAGAAGCUGGAGAGAAACUCUUCCUUGUCCUCUUCUUUGACAACAAGCGCACCUGGCAGUGGCUUCCGAGGGACAAAGUCCUGCCCCUGGGCGUGGAAGAUACUGUGGACAAGCUCAAGAUGCUGGAAGGCCGCAAGACCAGCAUCCGCAAAUCUGUGCAGGUGGCCUACGACCGUGCAAUGAUCCAUCUGAGCCGUGUCCGGGGGCCCCACUCCUUCGUCACCUCCAGCUACCUAUAAGGACGGGGCCUACCCUGCCUCUGCCUGCCCCAACCAGACAUGUGGCUGGCAGCUUCCCCUUUUCAUGGCAGGCCAGAGACUGGGGCUGUGUCCCCCUUCCCCCCAGUUUUGACCAACUGCUUGUUUUUCUUGCGGGCCUGCCAUGUGCCAAAAACUCCUACCUGCGGUCCUUCAGGGACUAAUCCACUAAAGAACUGGUUAGAAGUAGAAACAUCUGUGGGCUUGGGCCCAGCUAAGGACAUGGACCUGGCCUGGAGGGCAAGGGAUCCUGGGCUCUGUCCUGAGGGGCUGCCUGGUCCCCUCCACCCCACUCCCAACGAAGUACACCUCAGGGCAGCGAGACUCCUACAUUGAUCCCAGAGGUGCUGUGAAUACACUAGGGUCCCGCGGGGAAUCUCACCGAGCUCACCCUUUCUCCCCGUUGUCAUCCGUUUGCAUACCUCUUCCCUGUCCCAUCUUCUGCACCCAUGCCUGUUCUCUGUCUCUUUCCCAUGUUCCCCUCUAUGUUCCUUUCCUUACUUUCUCUUGUGCCAAACUGACAGAAAUGUAACCAAACUGGUCGUCUUAUUUAAUGUCUCUUCCCCUUGAGGCCAGCUGCUGUGCUAGGUGGGUGCCCUGCCUGGCUCCUCAGGACUGAGGCCAGCACCCCACCUGGGAUGACUCUACCAGCACCCCCUCCAUAUACACCCAUGGACUUUCAUAUCUGCUCCAAACAUGCAGCACUGAGAAUUUGUCCCCUUGGAUUGCAGGCAGGGCCCUCCUGCCCUCUUCUGGUCUCAUUGAGAGGUGGGCUGAGGCUGGGGGUGGGGCAGGCUCCAGUGAGCAGACCAGGCUGGUGGUGCUUUGUGUCCAUCUGUCCACAUGGAUGUUGAGGGUUGUGGAGGUGGAGUUCUGCAGGCCCUGCAGCUGGGGUUGUCCCCUGACCACUCCCAUCCUCUCCUCAUGGGCUUUUCUUUUUCUGCACCUGCAUCCGUAAGCCUCACUCUCCACCACCAUGCAUGGCACAGUGCCUGCAGCCAAGCAUCUUCUGUCCUGCCCAGCCUCUGCUGCUCCUGCUUCUGAACUCCAGGGAAUGCAGAGCUUCUAUGUCAAACCCUCUGUCCCCUUUCCUCUUUCCCUUCAAGCUUCUCCCCACCAUCACCUUCUCAAAAAAUGGAAGGAAAAAAAACUGUGAAUGGGGAAUGCUGACUGACGAACCACACAACUUUCAGAGGCUUUGAUGUCUGUUCUCUGGAUGUUUCUUUUCACCUCUUAAGCACCAAAGUCGCAGGGCCGGGUUGCAGGCCACUGAUCGCCAUGUUGAUUUUUAUUAACCUGAUGUUCUUUUUAAUUGUUUAAAUUUUUCAUAGGGGAGUUUUGGACAAAACGAAGUCACUGGGGAGUCACUGCCAUUUUUACACAGUUGACUUUUUAAAAAUACAACCAACUAACCACCACAACUUCUUAUACAUUUGGGACAUGAGCCAGAGUUUAAAAGGAAACCAACAAAACUAUCUGUAACAUAAAGGAUGGGGUUUUGGAUUUUGUACAAUAAUAAAAAUACAAUACAGCAUAUAGCUAGGGAAGGACGUGGUGUAUAUAAUUGUAAAAUACUGUUCUAAAUUAUUCAGGCCUCUAGUUUCCAUUAUUGGGGUCCUCCAUUGUGUGGCUGAGUAUUUUAAAUGCACACAGUGUCGUUUAUUAAAGGAGCCAAUGCUUCCCCCUUCCCCAGGUAGUUUGGUCAGCUGUGGACUUUGUGACCUGUGUCUAAACUUGUGUUUUAUGAUCUUGGGGCUUUCACUCUCUUUCUAUUUCUAUCUCUAUGUCUAUCAAUCGCUUUCCCCAACGCUUUCUCUUUUUUUGUCUCUUUUAUUCAGUCUCUGAAUCUUUUAGUCUCUCUCUGAGUCUCCUUUUUAAAAAUGCUCUUUUAGAACGGGAAACGGCUCAGAUCCUGCUGUGGCAUGGGGCCUACGUGUCUCUGUCGCGUCUGCUGUGAAGCACAUGAUGCUCUAUUUAUUGUAGAAAGUGACUUUAUUUGCUUUCUAGAAUUGUUUAUAACAGAUGCUAUAAGAGAGGUAAUAAACAAAAAAAUCUAUGCUUGUAAAGAAUACAAAAGUUAAUUUUACCUACUAUAAUAUGACUGUCUGAAACUUAUUUUCUCUCCGAGAAAUAAAUGUUCUAAUGGGCAGCAGUU